AUGGUCUACAGCAAGUGCAGCAUCUGGUGCAACAGCAAGUUCUACAGCAUCUGUUCGAUUCGAAUCGCCUACCUGGGUCUACAGCAACAGCAUCCACAGCCACAACCACAGCAGCCACAUCCUCCACCUUGUCGUUUCACUCGCGAUUCUCCCAGUGUAUCAAUCGCAGUCUCUCCAGAAGCUGAUGGCACAACUGCGAGUUCUGUGCUCAACACUGGCAGCACAGCGCCUUGCACUUGUCCCCAAUAG